AUGCCGUCGUCGCGCGUCAGCAAUUCAGCGGCAAACCCCACUACCCGCGCCACUCGUGCGAGUGCGGCCUUCAAGGCGGCGUUACGGCCGCGAUCGUCGCGAAGGUCCGCUUCCUCCUCGUCGUCGUCGCAUGGCCGCUACUAUCAUAAUGAUGUGCCGCUUCUCCUGCCGCUGCUGCUGGCGGCGCUGCUCGUGCCGCGAGCGGCGGACGCGGCGUGCUCGCGCGUGCGGCAGGUGGUGGUGGUCGGCGCUGGCAUGUCGGGCGUUUCGGCUGCUUACCGCAUCGUCACCGCCACCGGUGGCGAAUGCUUCAAUGUGACGGUGGUGGAGGCGCGCGGAAGGGUGGGCGGGCGCAUGUGGAGCCGAACGGAGGCCGCCCCUGCCGGCUCGCCCACCACGUUCCUGCGAGGCGAGAUGGGCGCGCAGUGGAUCGAGGGCGCCACAGGUAACCCGGUUACCACUCUGGCUCGGAAAUUCAAGCUCAACAUUGCGCAGCAGAACGGGCGGGAAAUCCAAUUCACAGCCAAGGGGAGGAGGUACGGGGACGCCGAGUGGGCGGCAGCGGAGGCGGAGUAUCAGACGUUGGUACGGCAAGCAUUGGCUUGGGCGGGCAAGCAGAACAAGGAUGUGAGCCUGCAGCAGGCGUUCACCAGCGGGCCGUGGAAGCGAAAGAUGUUCUACAAGCCCUAUGCUCAGUCUCGCCUGGCAGUGGACUAUGAGUUCAACUUCGGCACGGCCCUCUCGCACCUGUCAGCAUGGUACUACGAGUCCGAUGCAUUCGACCCGCCCACCAUGGUGGUUACCAACGGCUACGACAACAUCCCCAAGAUGCUCAUGCAGGAAGCACAAGCAAAAGGAGCAAAGCUGCUGCUCAACUUCGAGGUGACGGCCAUCUCGCAGUCCUCCACGGGCGUGCAGAUCACGGGAAAGAACACCGCCAGUGGCGCCACCGGCACGCUGGACGCCGACGUGGUGAUCGUCACAAUCCCCCUCGGGGUGCUCAAGGCCAACACCAUCGCCUUCUCCCCAGCGCUCCCACCCCGCAAGACCGGCGCCAUAUCGCGCCUCGGAGUUGGUGCCAUUGCUAAAAUCUUCUUCUUCUUCAACCAGACCUUCUGGCCGGUCAACGUGGACGAAUAUUUCAUCGAAGAUUCACAGCUGCCCGCGAAUCGCGGGCGGUGGGUGGAUUGGGUCAACCUGAAGCGCGCGUGGGGGCAGACGGCUUUGGAGGGAGUGGCUCUGGGGGAGUAUGCGGAGAGAAUGGCUAAGAUGAGCGAUGAGGAGGUGAUUAACGACGCCAAGGCGAAGAUGGCGCGCAUGUUCCCGCAGUACCGCAAGAAGCCGCUUGAGCCGCUGGCCACUUGGAUCCAGCGCUGGACCGCCGAACCGUAUUCGCGGGGGGCGUACAGCUAUGCGCGCGUGGGCGUGAGGGGGAACGAGGAUCACUGCACGGACUAUGAUGUGAUGGCGCUGCCCGAGGGGAGGGUGCUGUUUGCGGGGGAGCACACCAUCUGGCAGUACCAGGCAACUGUGCAUGGCGCCCUGCUCUCUGGCGUUCGAGAGGCCAAGCGCGUCCUUCGGAACUUCUGA